AUGGAUAACUACGAGUUCUACCCCCUGAGGCCUCACCGUCUCGCGGCCGACGACGAUUCCUUGCCGAGUCCGAUCCAACCUCAUCUCGACACCCUUUUCGCCGAGUUCGCGAGAUCCCGCCCAAGAGUCUCUUCUCCAACGCCCUCAUCAGCCGUGUCUCAGCGCGACUCCCGCGAGGCCAACAGCGAAAAGACUCCCGCCAAAAUAGACCUUCGAGCCCUUGAAUAUGUUGGAGACUACGAUUCCCACCUGAUGUGUCCCAUAUGCCACGUACCGUUCGUCGACCCGGUCGUCCUCGAAUGCGACCACACAUUCUGUGACUCCUGUCUGAAGGAAUAUCGAGAAGGAGUCAGUAGUGGCCCUCGGUCACGGUGUCCUACAUGUCGGGCCUUCCUGUUAUCGGGGCCCCGGAAAGCCUCUCGGCUGAUUGCCAACAUGUGUAAUGAAACCCAGGUGCGGUGUCCGAACGAGGACUGUGAAGAGGUCUUACCCCGUGGGUGCAUCGAACAUCACGCGACGAAAGAGUGUCCGCACGAACGGCUCCAGUGUCCUGACCCGACCUGCGACAAGCUGGUCAAGAGAAAGAACUACGUGCCGGAACAGUGUAUACAUAGUUCGCACAUCGAGUGUGACUGCGGCGCCGUGAUCGAGCUAGGCAAGGGAGAUUGGCUGAGGCACAAAGAUGAAGACUGUCCGAACACGGGGGUCAAGUGUGGGGAAUGCGGGCAAAGGAUCUCGGCCAGGGACUAUCUUUCUGGGAGCAGCAACCAUACUUGCACCGCCAAGGACAGCCAUAAUUGUCCCGGCAAACAAUAUGGCUGUACAGAUGACUUCCCACCGGCAGAUGCUGAGGCGCACAUCAAAUCAUGCCCGCUUGCCCAGUUGGCCCCUCAUUUCCAGAAACAAUCUCAACUCCUACAGUCGUUGCAAGAGCAGUUGACCAUGGUCAAAGUCCGCAACGAGGUGCUGGAGAACGGAUUCGAAAAGAUCAACGAUCUGCUGAGCGACCGCGUUCGUCAUUAUCUAGCCCAGUCGGACCAUUCCCCGGCGGAGGCCUCGGAUAUUGAAGAAAUCGAGCGCGAUCACAUCCCUUCGGGUCUGUCGCAACGGGAUCUGCUGAGCCCGGCACAACUUCGCGCCAUGACUCCGUCUCCCGACCCGGACUCUUUGUCCAUUUCUCAAACACAGCAACAUCUGCUGGCUUUGCAUGAAUCGUUGCGGGGAAACGUGUCCAAUAUAGAAAACGACAUCUCUGCCCUGUCCAACACGAUCUCGGAUCUCGACGCGCGGACAUCCAUGCAGAUUAUGAAUGAGACGCUGCGGAUUAAAGAGGAUCUGGCGCAUACCAACGCCGCCUUGUUCAGCACCAGAGCGCAGGUUCAGUGGCUGUUGAACCGUGAGAGGGUAGGACAGCAACAGCAAGCCAUGGGAAUGGGAAUGCGCGGUCGAGCACCCUCAGCUCAGCCUCCGGUGUCCCAUGAAGGCGCCUCCGCCCGAAGCUCUGUUUCUGAAGGAGGUGAUUCGGCGGGCCAGGUAUCAAGUUCAGACGGUCAUCCCGUGAUAUCUGUCUCGGGUUCCAGUCCGAACUUUCGACCUCAAUUGAGGCGGCUGAGUGGUGGUGGUAGUCAAGAGAGGGUCAAAUUAUAA